AAAAACAAUGACUCCAAUCACUGCUCCAACUCCCAAGAACAUAUUUCACAUUUCGCAGCCCCACUUUCCCCGGAUUCUUCAAAACGCCACCGUCUUCUCUCCGCGCACAAGGAGCUGAAAGAACUGCGUCUGGACCUCCAAUCACUCCGAGAAACCCAUGCAGCCAAUACGCGUCAAAUGCAGAGUCUAUCCAACUCCGUUGUAAAAGAAAUUUCUGAACUUCUCACAACUGCCCAGCCCAAGGGCGCUACGCCUCUUAGAACGGUGCAGCUAUUGUUGGACAACCAAAUUGAUGACUACAAGAUGGGAUAUGAAGAGAUUGAAGCCUGGCUUGCCGAUCUAGACGCAUGUAUUGAGGAGAUGAGAAUCGAUGCCCUUAAUCGACGGUGUCGGGUCUCGGUAGCGGAAGUUGAGGCCUACGCUCUGCAUUUAAGUCGUCUCAGUCAACGAUUGGCCUCUUUCAAGGGCCAAAUUCCAGAAAUCUGCAAUGCCUCGAAUCUGCUCUCACUCGUAAUUGAAGCUGAGAUUAAACUUCAAAAU